CGUGGCGGAAGGGAGGGCGGCGGAAAGUCAGCGCAAACGUCCGCGAGAGCGCGGGGAGAGCGGGGCGGCCGGUGUAGCACGACGACAAUAAAGCGCAUUGCCUCCUCCUGUGGUAGCUGCUGCUGCGUCAGGGAGAGCGUUGUGAAUGACACGUGGCGGUACCUGUGUGGAUAAGACAAGAUUCACCUGGCAAGAUUUGCGAUACCGACCGGCGGAGCUGGCGUUGCCGCGAGCGCCCGCGGGUGUUUCGCAGGGCUGGGCCCGCGCCGGCGCGGCAAGGCUCGGCGGCGGGCCGCGGGCGGCGAGUGAAUUGGGCGAGGAGAAGGAGAAGGAGGGGGAGGUAGAGGACGAGGAGAAGGAAGACGAACGGCAGCUGGAUAUACUGUUUUCUAUAUUGGGAGGAACUGCCGCACUGGAAGCACUGCCAAGUCAGAAACAGUCCUUAAUGGUGGGCACCAUGAGGAAAAAGUGGGAAAAUCAGGCGCGAGGAGGGGACGACCAGCAAGUGGAAAGCAGCGGGCUUUCGGCUAGAGGCACGGGCGACGAGCCGGGAGUGAGUAGCGGGUCGAGGUCAGCGCAAGAGAGAUCAAGUGAGGAGGUGUCAGGAGGAGAGCAAGACCAAAAUGCAAACUCAUCAGAGCCUCCGCGGAAGAAGCGGUAUCAUCGCCACACUCUGCAACAGAGGGAAGAGAUGGAAAUAGUCCCCCAGUUCGAUGGUAAGGCCUCUGAACUCCAGGCCUGGAUCACCACAGCCGAGGAGCAACUUCGGUACCAUGGGGUAAACAUGGACUUGUGGCCUACGGAGAUGUCAGCCCGCUUCAUCGGUCGAGCGGCUUCCAUUUGGCGCGACUUUCUCGCCCUUUGUACUCAGCAAGGCGUUCACGCGAGUAUGACGUACACGGAGUUUCGUGAUUUUCUCCAGCAGUACUUCUCUCGCCCGACGCCUACCCGUGACCCGAUCACACGGAUCUCUGAGAUCAGAUGGCUUGGUGGCAACAAUGCCUUAGAGUCGCACAUCACCGCAUUCCACCGCGUUCGCGCCCAGAUCCCGCCCUCCCUUAUAGCUGACGACGCUUUGGUCCAGCGUUUCCGUGCCGGGUUACCCCAACCCUUCCAGCUUCAGAUGCUGGCAUACACUGUCCAUACCCUCCCCGAGGCCUUCAACAUUGCCAGGGCCAUCCAGCUCACCUAUGCACCUCUUGUGAGCUCCACAUCUGGGCCUGGUGCCGCACCCCCCGCUUCAUCAUCUGCCCCUGGCACAUCUCGCCCCCGCCAGUUCUCCACGUCUCACCGAGGUCCCCGUCGAGUUCCUGGACGUGCCUUCUUCUACCGUGUCCAGACUAUGCUCCGCGAGUCGUUGAGCGCUGAGGAGGGUACUAUCGAGUCUCACGAUGGAGAGUGUCCGGUUGCUUAUCUAUCUCGACAGCUACUUCCCGCUGAGCAUAACUAUACUGCAGACGAGCGUGAGGUCCUUGCGCUGGUCUACGCUGUUAAGAAGUGGCGUCAUCAUUUGCACGGUCAUACUUUCACCGUUUUGACGGACAACUCUGUCCUUGCCGCCUUCCAGACGAAGCCUAAGCUCAUUUCUCGCCAGGCUCGUUGGUGGCGUGACCUCUCGGAGUUCUACUUCACCAUCAAGAAGAUCUCUGGCGAAAGCAAUCGUGUUGCAGAUGCCUUAUCCCGCCGCCUAGACCUUCAGUGCGAGGAUCGUCAGCUAUCUGCUAUCUCAGCUCCCACCAUCCACCCCGCCUUUCUAGAUGAGUAUCGCCGCGCAUACACCCAAUGCCCUGAGUUUCAGUCCAUCUACGCUGACCUACAGGCUGGCAAGUUCGUCCCUAACUUCCAGCUUGAUCCCUCUGGACUCCUAUAUUGGCUUGGUCGCCAAGGUACUCGUACUCCCCGCUUAUGCGUGCCCUCUACUGGCCAGCUCCGUGUUCGGGCCGUCGCUGAGUGUCAUGACCAGCGCGCCACCGGUCAUCUCGGUGUCUUCCAGACACUUGACCGCCUCUACCGCCAUUACUACUGGGAGCACCGCCGUCCUUUCACUAAGGAGUACGUUCGCACCUGCAGGAUCUACCAGGAGGCCAACAUUCCCAACCACCCCCCCUACGGUCUUCUUCAGCCCUUACCCAUUCCUACUCAACGUUUGACGUCUGUCUCCAUGGACUUCGUCGGUCCUCUUCGUCCCCCUACCCCUCGAGGCCACGAUGCUAUCUUCGUCAUUGUAUGGCAGUUGACUAAGCAUGCUCACUUCCUCCCAUGCAAGUAUGUUAGUUCAGCCAAAGACAUCGCCUCCCUAUACUUCAACCGUAUUGCCAUCCAUCACGGUCUUCCCACCAGCAUCGUCUCUAAUCGCGAUCCCCGUUUUUCUUCUCGUUUCUGGCGUGGACUCCAUGAGAUCUAUGGCUUCGAGCUCCGCCUCUCCUCCUCCUAUCACCCCCAGUCAGAUGGACAGACCGAGGUCACCAACAAAACUCUUGGGAGUAUCCUCAAGAAGUUUGUUGAGAAUGACUCUGAUUGGGAUCUGCAUCUUGCUCACGCAGAGACUGCUUAUAACCAUGCUAUUUUCCCUGCCACUGGCAUGUCUCCCUACUAUUGUGACUUGGGAUACCAUCCCCGUGUCCCAUCCGACCUUCUUCGUCCAUCUCAGAUCCAUCCCGACACCAAAUGCCCUGCCCUCGAUGACUGGGUAAAGGAGAUGGAUGCGCUCCUUAGCAAGGCUCGCGAGAGCAUUGCUCACUCCCAGACUCGCACGGCCACUCGCGCUAACCGCUCUCGCAUCGACCAUCCCUUCAAAGUUGGCGACGAGCCUAUGAGCGACGUGGAGGACACCGGAGAGGACGACCGCAGGACCUUACGAUCGGUUAGAGGACCGGUAUCCCAUGUGUCUUUAGGACCGGAGGGUGAUAGGGAACUGUUCCGCCGACAAAGGGAAAGGAGAGCUAGAGCAGCCGAGGCCAGCAGGGCAUUUGCUAGUGAGGCCAGUGCUAUAGCAGCCAUGGCUACCACAACCAUGAGCACGUCUGCGCAGCAGACUUCCCAAGCCGGAAGUUCAGGAACCGCCGGGUCCACGGUCCUGCAGACCGUGAGUCAGUCCACUGGCUUAAUGGCAAGCCAGCCCGCGGUGUUGUCCCCAGAGGAUGUCGCCAUCCAGCAGGCAGCCCUGCAAGAGGCACAGCUACAGCAGGCAUUAGGAAAGAUAAAAAGGGAGAAAAAGAUAAUGAUUAGAAGAAGAGCCAGGAUGCAACAGAGAGGGGAAGACAUAGAGGAGUUAGAGACGAUGGACCUGACGCAUAUGAAUGAAGAUGUGAAGUUAGUUAGGAGGGCCCUGCUAGGCGUAAUUGAGAUGCAGGAGCAUCAAACUACCCUCCUUGUGGACAUUCAACAAAGCCUAGCCGUGUUGGCAGGUCGUACUCAGGCAGCACCAUCACCAGCAGGGCCUGGUGCCUGGCCCGUGCCAUAUCCUCCUCUUUCUGUUCCACCGGUGACUGGGGUAUCCCCAUAUGUAGCCCCUUCAUCAGUUGUUAUCGUUUCCCUGGGCAUGCCUCUGUCAGGAGGGUUAACAGCAGGGAGUAGUUUGCAGGUUCUUGUUCAGACAGUGUUUACUCCAAGUCCGUCACAGGUUGCAGUCACCACGCAGCCUGCUGUCUCACAGUCAGUGCAACCUCAGGGCACACAGCCCCAGCAGCUAGCACAACAACCUGUAUCGUCGGGUCCACAACCCGGGUUGGUGCAAGGACCGGGACAAAGUCAGUGGGUACCGAAGACGGCCAUCGCCGCUCCCAAACCCUUUACAGGGGACAAGAGAGGCGAAGAUCUCGACACAUGGUUGAGGGCAGUGCCGCUCUAUGUCAAGUGUAAACUCACCUUGCCACACGAAGAAGUGCUUGUGGCUGCUUCCUACCUGGAGGGUAGUGCAGCAAGAUGGUCGAGUGGGUUAGUGCAACUCCAGGGGUACGGUCAUGACUUCCACUUUUGGGCAGCCUCUCAAAAAUUGGAGGACUUCCUGAAAAUGGUGGAAGACAGGUGGCAUGAUCCGCAGGAGGCUCAAAAGGCCACUGAUGCGAUCCUGACACUGCACACUCGACAGUUUAAGUCAGUAAGGGAUGCCACCGACGCUGUAGAGCGUUUGAUUUGUGUUCCAGGGGUACGCUAUGACCCCCAGAGGAGGGAGAGGUCGGGAUUAGGGAGGGAGAGUUGGGACGAUGUCGGGGUCGGGAUGGGAUGGGAGUCGGGAGGUCGGGAUGGGAGACGGGUUGGGACGCGGCCGGCGGAGCAAAGGGAGAGAGGGAGAGGUUGGGACGGGGAGAUCGGGAUGGGAGGUCGGGAUGGGAGACGCGAACAGAGGAGGGAGACGUCGGGAUCAGGGAGCGAGAGUUGGAACGAUGUCGAGGUCUCGGGGGCAGGAAGGAGAGGGGGAGAGAGGUCGAGACGGGAAGGAAGGGAAGGUGGCAGGGAGAGGUCGGGAUCAGGGAGGGAGAGUUGGGACGAUGUCGAGGUCGGGAUGGGAUGGGAGUCGGGAGGUCCGGAUGGGAGACGGGUUGGGACGCGGUCGGAGCAAAGGGAGAGAGUUUUUUUUUUUUGUCGCGCAAGGUCGCGGUCGGGAUGGGGGACGGGAACGGAGAAGGGAAAGGUCGGGAUCAGGUCGGGAGGUCGCAGUCAGGGGAGCAAGGAGAGAGAGGGAGAGAGAGGGACGAGGAGGUCGGGAUGGGAGGUCGGGACCGGGAGGUCGGGAUGGGAGMCGCGAACAGAGGAGGGAGAGGUCGGGAUUAGGGAGGGAGAGUUGGGACGAUGUCGUGGUCGGGAUGGGAUGGGAGUCGGGAGGUCGGGAUCGGAAAUGAGUUGGGAUGCGGUCGGGGGAGCAAGUGGAGAGAGGAAGAGGUCGGGACGAGGAGAUCGGGAUGGGAGAGGAGGGAGAGAUGGGGAUCAGGGAGCGAGAGUUGGGAUGAUGUCGGGGGAAGGAAGGAGAGGGGGAGAGAGUUCGAGACGGGAAGGAAGGGAAGGUGGCAGGUCGCGACGGGGAGGUGAGGGAGAGGUCGGGAUCAGGUCGGGAGGUUGGGAUGGGAGACGGGUUGGGACGUGGUCGGGGGAGCAAGGGGAGAGAGGGAAAGGUCGGGACGUGGAGGUCAGGAUGGGAGGUAGGGACUGGGAGGUCGCGCUCCGAUACGCGAGAGGUCGGGAUCAAGUCGGGAGGUCGGGAUGGGAGACGGGUUGGGAAAGGGAGAAGGAAAAGGUCGGGACGAGGUUGGGAUGGGAUGCGAGUCGGGAUAGAGGAGGAGGGAGGAGGAAUCUAGGAAUGGGAGACAACUCGGGACAAUGUCGGGAUCGGGGGAGCAAGGGGAGAGAGGAAGAGGUCAGGACGGGGAGGUCAGGAUGGGAGGUCGGGACCGAGAGAUCGGGAUGGGAGACGCGAACAAAGGAGGGACAGGUCGGGAUCAGGGAGGGAGAGUUGGGACGAUGUCGGGGGAAGGAAGGAGAGGGAAAGAGAGGUCGAGACCAGAAGAAACCCGUAUGGUUGCUUGCCAUACGGAUGUUUUGUGUCCGUGAUUUGCUGGUUCCUCAUGUUUUAUCAUUCAAGCAAAGUGUCGCGUUUAACUGCUGGAUGGAGAUGUUCCCUUGCAUUGUCAAGUCGUCAGUGGUUAUAGAGAUCUUAUCCCCCGGGUCAGCGAAUGGAAAUCGAGAUGGAGCAUUGCAAUUGAUGUCUGCAGAGACACAAAUUCUCUCUCCUCUGGUUCAGACACGGAAAGCCACCUUUCUGCGCUACUGCAAACAGCUUCCUGAAGGCUAUUGGGGUAUUGUGGACUUCUCGACAGAUGGUUACGGCAACAAUCCAUCGACAGGAAGACUGGAAAGGGUGUACAGAAGACCUUCAGGAUGCAUUAUUCAGGAUGAUGGCAGUCGGUGUUCAAAGGCACCAAUUACGCAAAGCAUCUUCCAGGCACCAAGUUCGCAAAGCAACAAUGUGAUGCUCAUUGUGCAAGAGAGCUCGUGGGACGAUUUCUGUUCAAUGGUCGUUUAUGCGCCUGUGGACACCCCAGCGAUGACUCUGGUGAUGGGUGGAGGGAAUCCAGACUUCGUUGCGCUUCUGCCGUCGGGGUUUGCGAUUAUACCAGACGGACUGCCGGACCUGGGAUCGCCAGGGGGGGGGAUAUUGAAUGCUGGGCUUGGACUAGGGCUGGGGGGACCCAGGCUUGGAGUGGUCGGACUUGGAGGGCAAGCAAUGAGGAACGGAGGUGUUGGUCUGGGGAUGAGGGGGAUGACGAAACCAACGGCUCUCCGCAGGGGUUCGCUGCUCACAAUUGCAUUCCAGAUCCUGGUCAGCAACGCGCCUCAGGAAAAACUUUCAUUUUCUUCCAUCACGACAGUGAGCGGCCUGAUUUCUUGCACUGUGGCCAAGAUCAAAGCAGCCCUUGAGGGUCCACAAGAGUCGUGACCAAUUGUGUGUGUGUGUGUGUGUGUGUGUGCGUUGCAGAGUUUGCACACCACGUAAUCGAGCUGGGUUAAUCAAUCUGAUUCUGGUAUUUCACUCACUCUUCCUUCAGAACGGAUCCUUCGUUUGUCGGACUGAUGUGGUGUUCUCCGCAGAUUCUGAACUUAUCAGUGAGUUCUCCCAUCCACUCCGUGAAGGUUCCACUUCUUUCAAGUUGGCCGGUUUGUUAAGACCUGAAGCCCAUUUUGCACACAUUCAAGUUUUUAGAUGUCAUGGCCGCAAGCUGUUACCUGGAAGCCAUUGCCCCCAAUGCAUCCUGCCGACUGCGAGUCCUUUGUGCCCAGUCCAAAGUACUAAGUACUUAGUACUCGAUUGAGUUCCGUACGGCGUACGGCGUACUUGCUUGGUGCCGAGUGUUUACUCGGUACUUUCUCCUCUGCUGUAUCGCUUACUUCUCCGUGUUUACUCGGUAGAGUCGGUACUCUCUCCUCUGCUGCAUUGCUUUCACACAUUCACUCAAUUUUAUGCUUGCUUAACGCCUCAAAUACCGGAUCACGACCUCGGCCGAAACACUCAUUGCUCUGUACUUAGCUGUCAAUACAGUAACUAUGCAUUGUUGAGCAGGUACUUUGUGUUUACUUUGUAUUCUGUGCUACUUUUAUACUUCGUACUUUGUACUUUGUACUACCUUGUACUUUGUACUUCGUACUUGGUAGAUAUGAGCACUCACUGCUCUCUUACUUCCUCACUCGCUCACUCUCUCACUCGCUCGCUGAUUCCACAGUUCCCCUCUUUAUGUUUCUCCGGGAAUCCCAUAAACUGUCUCCUCUCCUCAUCUCCCUUAGUUACCAAGCAACCGAUCUUUUUUGUUGUUUUUCUGAAGGGAAAAUUUUCGAUGUGGCCCUGAAAUUUUGAUUUUUUUGCGAUGUGCCCCUCCGACGGUCGACUUACCCCAUUGCGCCCCUGCCAGAGGCCUCUGACCUUUCCAGCAUGCCCCUGUGGCCGUCGGUGGCACUUGCAGGCUGCAGCCAUUCGGCCCAUUCCCCUGCAGUGGCCCUAGGAAGGGAGCUACGGGGCAUAGUACUGGAAAUUUGGAACCGGUACCGGUAGGGUCAUAUUGAACAUAUUUCGGGCCCGAACAAUGCCAGGGUUUUUUUGGAAACUUCAAUCGUUGUUGGAGGGGCGGAACAGGGAAGUACUGGUGGUUUAAGGGUCCAACUUUUGCCCCACGGGCCAUGGGCAGUGAGGCUUAGUGCUCGUCAAUGGGAUGAGUUUUAGUAGUACCCAGGACCUGGUUUUCAGGCCUCCUGAGCUGUGUUUCAAGUAUGGGGUUUGUACGUGUCGUGAGGGGUUUUAGUUGCAUCCUUAUGGGAAGCUUACCUGUAUAUAGACUUCAGAGCUUAGGGUCAGGUUAAGGCUCCAUAAUUGGGAUCAUGGGGGGUUGUUUGCUAAGGGACCUGGCUGCAAGUUCACAUUGCAACCGGUUUGCCGUGAUUAGGGUUUAAGGUGCUCGCAUCAAUUAUGGCGAUCUCCCGAUCUGCCGCUCUGCCGCGCUACCACUCUGCGUCACCCCCUCUUUUCUCCCCAUCCUCUCCAAACACUUCCACACCCACCUCACAUGCCCUCCAUUUUCUAGCGUCAGUGAGUUGAUCUUCCCCUUCUAUUUCUGGUCUGUCCACUGCCACUUCCACCACCCAUUUAUGGGUGCAUACUACAUGUACCCACUGACAGAAAAUCUAGCCUAGCUCAUGUGUACGUUGUCCUUUCCAUGCAGUGUGACUACUGCUGCCAUAGUAGGAACAGCAGAGUGUGCUGGCAAGCCUUACGUGUUGCUCAUCUUUAUACUAGACUAAGACUAGAUGAUUCUAGAAAAAUAGUUGUUCUUUUGUCUCCAUUUUUGUGUACUUUCCACUCCUCGAGAGGAGUAACGCAACGACGGCAACGUGCACUGACUCUAGUGGUGGAAGUUUGACCCUAGUGUUGAAAGUUUGACUCUGGUGGUGAAAGUUUGACCCUAGUGUUAGAAAGUUUGACCCCACUGUUGAAAGUUUGACCCUAGUGUUUAAGGUUUGACCCUAGUGUUUAAAGUUUGACCCUAGUGUCUAAAAUUAGACCCUCGCAGGACGAUUGCAAUUGCCACUCAAUGAAUCAGAUUGUGAAUC